AUAUCGAUCUAUUUGCCGGUAGAUGCCAGUCAUACACUGUAUAACUCCAUAUAUCCAUAUUUCCUCGAUCUCGAUCAAUAUUCGCUUUCUCGCACUCUCUUCCCCGAUCAGGCGCUCACUUCCGCCAUUCCAGAGUGUUCGAGGCCAGAUAUCAAUCCUGUUUAGUAAUAAUUCUUUCACGCAGACGACACUCUCAAGAUCCCAGCCAUUAUUUUUCUUAGGUUUCUUAGAUUUCUUGGACAACACGGCUGCCUGAAGUUUCUUUAGAGUUUAUCAUAAUCUUGCCAAGAGUUUUCCGUUUGGGAGGGAAAUGCCAGUAUCGGAUUGGUCGACGUGGACACUGGCGUCAUGGGCUGCGGUCUGAGCCAACUGAAUCGCGUCCACCGGAUUAAGGUUCUGGAUACAGCCAGCCGGGUCAACGGGGAAACGACGGCCCCGGUGGCUGGCUCAACGGAGGCCGCCAGUAUGCCGGUCAAUGGUCGGCGGAAAAUUGUUAGUCCAACUACCGCCGCUGCCCCACCGGCGCCCCUCGUCCGUCCUCGUAUCCCGCGCAUCCGUGCGGCCCUUCAUUCCCAGCACAACGCAGCGCACAAAGCCCCGCCCCCCUCCGCCACACCGUCUGCCGCGGCCGCCCUCUUCCCGGGGCUGACCGCGACAUCCAGUACCCCACCGGAUCCGGCACUGACCGCCCCGUUGGGCGCACUGGACGCCGGCGAGACAGUAGCGCGUCGAAGCAGCCUGGAGACGACGGUAAUCGUGCCGGUGGUGGUUGGAAAGCCGGGCGCCGGAAAAGACGUUUACGUGUCGCGGGUGUCGGUCAAGAGCUUCAGUGAUCAGGAUUCCGGGUAUAAGGAUGAUGCUGAGAGCUCCGCACCCGAAUAUACUAGUGACAGCGAUAUGGAGGCGGCCAGCCGGCACCGCAGCCGCCCGCGUCUGCCGCCGGACAUCAUCGUCAAACCGCAAAACGAUGACCUUUCCGGUGACCUCGGGGAAGGAGAAGAGGACGACGAAAACGUGUUCGACGACAGCGAACUGACCGCGCCGGUCCUCUGCCAGAGUUGCGGCUACUCGCACGCCAAACAGGACGGCUACGUGGAGACGUACGACGACGGUUUCGUCGACUCCUCCUACGAGGAACUGCGCAGUCUGACCGCCCACGAGGGCUCGGUGUUCAGUCUGGACAUUUUGUGCCAUAACACCAUGGACGGGGCGCAUCGGCCGCAGAAGAUCCCGCUGUUCGUCCACCGGCCGGUGGCGCCCGCCCCGGAGUUCCGGCAGCGGGAGUAUGCCGAGGAGAAGGCCGGGAAGCAUGCUCAUCAUCACAGCUCGCAAACCGCUCACCACGACACCUACCAUCUAUUCCAGCGCUCCAGCUCAAUCUCCCACAAUAUGGCCGCUCUCACCGGCGGCAUCAGCAACCACACCGCCUCCGGAGGACACAGUCACGGGCACACCAGCGGCGGACGAACCCGGCGAUAUCUGCACAGCACCAGCAGCAACGGCAGCGCCGGCACGCCCUGUGGCGCCGCCCCGAUCUACCCCUACACCAACACCGUCCCCUAUAUGAACCACCCGCGCACCACCACCGGGACGGGCACCGGAACGACGGCCGCCGGGAUCUACAGCCUGUACGCCGGACUCAACAUCCCCGACAGCGGACGCCGGGGCGGCGCCACCGUCGCGCCACCCACCGAGACAACGGUCAAGAAAAAGACGCCGGUGUACAGCGCGGGAUAUCACGAGAUCAACGAAGACGAGAUCAAGAGCCUGCAUGAUGUCAAUUAACGCAGGGGUCACCAAAAGGUAUGCAUAUAUAUAUAUAUAUAUAUAUGCAUAUAUAUUCUGACGAAAAGGUCACCAAAAGAUUUUCGUAUAUAUCCUGAUGAAAAGGCCACCAAAAGGUCAUGCAUUAUUCUGAUACAAAACGGUGGCCGGUUUUUGCGUUAUAAUGACGUAAAGGUCACGCUUGGCUGGUUACGCGGGACUCAGGAAAGUAAUUUGUUGCAUCGCUGCGCCUUUAACAGUUUUAUUGGAAGUUUAUGCUUAUGUUCGCUUCGAUAUUCCUGCCUGCUAGAAAUUCCGUCAAGAAGUUGAUGUUAAUUUAUUUUAAUUUAAAAAAAAGUUUAUUGUAGAGAAUUUUUUCAAAUCCGAUGCCACGAUGGAGUUGCUGUACAGUUUCUUUCUUCUCGGUAUUGACAAAUGUGUGCUCAUUUAAUUGUUUGCUUAAAUCCUUGACGAAUUUCGUUAAGUAAUACUGGUUGGUGGAUAAUAGUCCUUAUCUAAAAUAUUUGCAUGCGCGCGAUACGGUUCUGAUUCGUUGUAUUUCUCUCAAGUUCUUGCCAUUAAAGUGUAAA